CAUUCGGACAACUGGCAGCAAGUUCUUUGAGGAGCAAGUUUGCCUCAUCAUAUUGAUCUGCAUUGAAGAAGGCGAUGGCCUGAAAUAUGUGAUGAAGCGGUUCGGGUUCUCACAUUGUGGUAUCUCUGGUUCACGCCCUAAAGUCCGGGGAGUAUGGUGCAGCAGGCAUCUGCAACGGGGCACAGUCAUAACACCAAGCUGUCGCGGAUGCAUUUCUUUCUGGGAGAGGAUUCAGAUAAGAAGCUAAUGCAAUGUUCGGGGCGUCUUGAUUACGCGCUAGUGCAAUGUCUUCCGAAACUAGUGCGGCGAAGACUCCGGACGAAGUCGAGAAGAGCUCGCAGCUCGAGACCUACGACGAAAAAGCUCGGGCUAGAUACACUCGAUACUUCUGACGGUGAUGCGGCUCUUCAGCUCGUCGGUGCACGAGCAACGGCACACUUCAGUGAGGAAUAUAACCGAAAGCUCAGGCGCAAGCUGGACCUUGUCAUCCCCACCAUUUCAGCGGCUGUUUAUUCCUGUCAAUAUUUUGUUCGUCAUAUAAUGGACAAGACCUCACUGAACUAUGCGAGGCGAGUGUUGUUCGCAGCGAGGUUGGGUAACAUGAAUAUUGACAAUGUCGCAGUGUCAUGGGCCUCCCGAUCAACUACAACUUGGUAUCCAUGGCCUUCUACCUGGAUCUCACGAACUGUUCAAACCACAGGUUACCUCUUUUGGGAGUUUCCGACCGUCUAUAUCUCGCAGAAACUUCGGUUGGCCAAGUAUCUCGGCGGCAACAUUGUUGUAUGGGGAAUAAUCCUCAUGUUUGCAUGCCUCAACAAACAACUUCGGAGCCUUCUUUGCUCUCAGAUUCCUUCUGGAAGGAUGAACAGUCAUAAGGCUCAACGUAUUUCAUGGUUCUACGUCAUGAAUGGCCUAACCCAAGUGUUCGGUGGUUUCGUGGCGUAC